CGAGUGGAUGGAGUUCCGGGAGCGGAUCCCCCGGGAGUGCCUGGAGCAGAUGCAGUUCAUCGCCUCCGGGGGGUUCGGCACCAUCUAUCGGGCUCAGCACCGUGACUGGCGCAUCCCCAUCGCCGUGAAGAAACUGAGCCGUUUCUCUUCCUAUCCUUCCAUCUCUAUUUUCGCCUUCUCUCCACUCUCUCUCCUUCCAUACCUCCAUGUCCCCUGCCCUCUGUAGUCUCUGUCCCUCCACCCUCCCGUUCCCUCCUCCCAUCUCGCCAGUCUCCUGCCUUUUCUUUCUCCUUCCUUCUUUUUGCCUCCUCCCUCCACUCUCAACUUUCCCCAUCCUUUGUUCAUCUCUCACCCCCUGCCUGCAGCGAUACCUGCCGCCGGGAAGAGCUCCUGGCGGAAGCCCGGGCCAUGGACAAAGCUCGCUUCAUCUACAUCCUGCGGCUCUUCGGCCUCUAUGAGGAGGAAGAGGAGGGCUGGGACUCCGGCCCCCGGUUGGGCAUCGUCAUGGAGUACAUGGAGAAUGGCAGCCUGGCCACCUUGCUGGAGAGAGUCCGGCCAGUCCCCUGGCCGCUGCGCUUCCGCCUCCUGCACCAGGUGGCGCUGGGCAUGAAUUACCUGCAUGGGCUUCACCCACCGUUACUGCACCUGGACCUCAAACCCAGCAACGUCCUGCUGAAUUUGGAGCUGCAUGUCCGGCUGGCAGACUUUGGGCUAUCGAAAUUCAAGCGAGUGACUACCAAGCAGGGAGCAGAAAGAUCCGGGGAUGAGGAUGACUACGGGGGUACCCUGGAGUACAUGCCCCCCGAAUCCCUCGUAGACAUCAACUACAAGCCAACGCCAGCCACAGACGUAUACAGUUAUGCCAUCCUCACCUGGUCCGUGUUAACUGGUGAACAGCCUUACCCAAAUCUCCUCCCAAAAUGCAUGAGCUCCCUGCUCCGAAUGCACAUCCCCCGGGGUCAGAGACCCAACAUGGAGGAACUGGAGGAGGUCACAGGAGUGGAGGGACUGGAGGACAUGAAAGAGUUAAUGAAGAGAUGUUGGCACAAUGACAGCUGGGAAAGACCCACUUUUAAAGACUGCAGCAACAAGACAGAGAAGAUUUUUUCUUGCCACAAGUCCCAGAUCGUGCCGGCUGUGCGUCAGGUGCAGGAUGUGCUGAUGAUGAUGGCCAGUUCUCCCAGCGAUGAAUCCAGACCAUCAGUCAGUGUCCCUACACCUGCUGCAGCUGAGAGCUCCCAUCUCCACACCUUUCCUCCACCUUCCCUCGGGGUCUCAGAGCAGUUCCAGACACUUCGCUAUGAGGAUCGUCCAAGCAGAGAAAACGAAGCUGUGCUCCAGAGAAACAUGAGGCAGACGGAGGAUCAGCAAGGACCUGGUACCCCUCAGCCCUGCAGUGUCAGCCUGGGUCCCAGGCAGGGAGGACCCAAUAAAGAAGGAGAAGGACCCAAUAAAGGAGAAUUUGGCUCCCCCAAGACAACCCCAUCACAGUUGAGACCCCCAGCCAAUCAGCCGAGGCCCUUCUUCCCCACCCAGUCCCACCCACACCUCCCCACCCAGGGGCCGGAUCAACCCAUGCGCCCAUUCUGGCAACAGCCUCAGCAACCUCUCCGUGGGUUCGCAGGUGGCAGCAUAAAUAUCGUUGGUUCUUGCUCGGCAAUACAGAUUGGCCACAACAACAGCAUGAAAGUGACCAAGGUGCGAGUAGAGAAGAAGAAGAAGAAGAAAUAAUAAUGGCUCCUUUACCUCUGAUCUCUAGAUGUGUGUGUGUGGAGCAUCCCAGCCCUCCCUGCCCCCAGCAGAGACCCCCCCCUUCUCUGGUACGCACCACUUCCCUCUGCGGGGGCACUAUGGACCUCAGCCCCCCACCGUCCUGUCUCAAUUCCCAGCUCCCCACUCUCCCGCUGCAGUGGAGGGCAGGGGGGAUUCCAGCCCUGGGAGCUGGCAUCUCUGGCCACGGAGGACUUUUGUAGCUGCAGCAUUAAAGCAACAGUGAGACUAACUCAA